UUUGAAGACCACCCUUUUCUCCCACCACCUUAACAAUAAAUUAAAAAAAAAUCACAAAUAUUAUAUUCGAUCAAAAGUCUUCAGUCACAGAUCUUUAUAACAACAACACAUGAAAUUGUUUGGUGGGCUCUAAAUUUCCAAUUUAUAUCACCUCUCCCCACCCAACAUUGCACCAAACCCAUCAAAGAUCAAAACUUUCCUACACCCUUUUCGAUUUUCAGUCAAAAAGACACUUGAUCUCACAAGGGUUCACACAAAUUCUUGAUCUUUAUCAUUCUUGAUCUUGUUCUUGAUCGUAAACAUGAUGUGUUCUUUAAAACAAUCUUAUGUUAUUGGAACCAAUGGUGUUGUUAGUCAAAGAAGAAACCCUUUUGUUCAAUUACCGGUUUUAUCAUCAAUUUCUAUGCCAAAAAUCCCAAAUUUGUCUGCAAUUUCUGUUGCAAAACCGUUGCAUAUUGCUUCAGUUGAGAGUCUUGGAUCAUUGGAGAUAGGGCCUAAAAGGAGAUCAUUGGUGGUUAAAGCUUAUGAUGCUGAUCGAUCUGAAGGUGAAGGGGUUGUUGAAAAGGCUGAAGCAGCUAGAAAAGUGAAAAUUGGGUUUUAUUUUGCAACAUGGUGGUUUUUGAAUGUGAUUUUUAAUAUUUAUAAUAAAAAGGUUUUGAAUGCUUUUCCUUUUCCUUGGUUGACAUCAACUUUGUCUCUUGCUGCUGGAUCUCUUAUUAUGUUGAUUUCUUGGGCUACAAAAGUUGCUGAAGCACCUAAUACUGAUGUGGAGUUCUGGAAAUCUUUGUUCCCUGUUGCAUUGGCUCAUACAAUUGGUCAUGUAGCAGCAACUGUGAGUAUGUCAAAGGUUGCUGUUUCUUUCACUCACAUAAUCAAAAGUGGUGAGCCUGCUUUCAGUGUUCUGGUUUCAAGGUUCAUUUUGGGCGAAACGUUUCCUCUGCCGGUUUACUUGUCACUCGUCCCGAUCAUCGGUGGUUGUGGUCUUGCCGCCCUUACUGAACUCAACUUCAACAUGACUGGAUUCAUGGGAGCAAUGAUUUCUAACUUGGCAUUUGUGUUUAGGAACAUAUUUUCAAAAAGAGGGAUGAAGGGGAAAUCUGUUAGUGGGAUGAAUUAUUAUGCCUGUUUAUCAUUGCUGUCACUCUUGAUCCUUACUCCAUUUGCAAUUGCUGUGGAGGGUCCUCAGCUAUGGGCAGUUGGGUGGCAGAAAGCCAUCACUGAAAUUGGACCCCAUUUCAUUUGGUGGGUGGCAGCACAAAGUAUCUUCUACCACUUGUACAACCAAGUUUCCUACAUGUCACUUGACGAAAUCUCACCUUUGACGUUUAGCAUUGGGAACACAAUGAAACGUAUAUCUGUGAUAGUGUCAUCCAUCAUCAUCUUCCGAACACCGGUCCAACCAGUUAAUGCUCUUGGAGCUGCAAUCGCUGUCCUUGGAACUUUCUUGUAUUCUCAGGCGAAGCAAUAAAGUCGCACGAAGAAGAGAUUUUUUGUUUGUACCAUAAACCAGAGGCAAAAAGCUUUUCAUUUUGUAAAUAGUAAAGAUGAUAAUAACGAAAUGGCAAGUAGUAUGUCAUGAACAAAUGCAUCAGCGACCGGAGAACCUGAUACCUUUGUUCUUUGAAUAAAGAAAGUCAAGAUGAGCAUCAUCUUUACCGAACACAACUCUUUUACGUUUUGUCUAUAUUUUUAAGCAUUUUCAGCUGUAUUGCUAUUACUAUCUCGUUCAUCAUGUAAUCGUUAAAAAAACAAAUGCGAGCAAUUGUAAGAUUCAGAAAAGAUUCAGAAAUUAGAAAGGGCGGCAAAUUCUGAUUUCACA